CAAUUUAAAUAUUCUCAUCAAAAUUCACUUGCUUGUGAACAUGAUACUUCGAUGUAUGUGGUAAACAGCAUUAUAGGCAAGACUAUGAGGAAGACAGGCACCAAUAUUGGGAGCAUAAUCAUCUCAUCUUUUCUCGGGAUAUUAUCAAAUUAAGGAAAGUCAGAGAUUUUCCUCAACGUAAAAGAGGACUAGCUUUGAUUCUUCGAAGUUUUAGGUCGGCAAUUCGGCCUUAUUUGUCAAGAAAUUACUAUCUUGUGGCUGGCUUUUUGACUUUAGUCAUCACCACUUCGAACUGUUUUUCCAAAAUUUGGAUUUUUUCUUUACAACCAUCCCUUUUAGCUGCGUGAUAGUCUGAACUCCCACAGGGAUCCAGGUCCAAUUCCGACUACGGAGCAGCGCACAUCCAUAACAUCGCUCAUCGCGUGCAGGGCGAAGGCGUUCAGGCUUGCUACAUCAUCGGCGUCUACAGUAUCCGCUGCGCAUUACUGACCAAAUUACCAUCUGAAUAAUAUAUGAGAUGAAACCUCUCUGCCUUUCCCCUCUCUCGUUCUGUCCCAUCGUGAUUUGCAGACAUCAAAUACCAAACCUCGUGGGCCAGGCAGCGAUGGUGCUUUCUCAUAACCCGUAGCAGGUUGCUUAGAUGAUGCGGCGCGGGUCAUCUGACACCAAUCUUCAAAACCCCGCCAAAAGAUGCUACUUCCUGGAUCCAUAAUUUGAAUUCUCGUCAAUAAAACCUCAACUUCCAUGUACAUCCAGCUCAAAAGCUUCCUUUUGAAAAAGACCUAACGGCAGUUUGAUAAGGAAUCACGUAACUUUAUUCGUCUACGGUAGACAGCAAGGAAGGCACUCGCUAUGCGUGGAGUAAUGCUACUGGUACUGCCUAUUGCGGUGAUAUUUUCGACAUGCAAGGCGGUGGAGUUUUACAGUAUUGGUGGUAUUUUCGGUGACGGGCCUCCACCUAACCCAGAACGCAUGAUCUUCGUCCAGUCCGCCAUACGCAACAAUAUCCGCAGCAACUCGUCGGCGUUCCGUCCGUUCCACGCCGCAGCCCGUCUACAGCACACCAAGCUAGCGAACAAUGCUGCCGUACUCCGGAAAAUGUGCGUGCUGCUGGCCUACAAUGUCUCUCUCAUUGUGGGCGUGGCUGACUUUGACGUCGUCAACAUGGUUGCCACGACCAGCCAGAAGAUACAACUCCCAUUCAUUACUCCAAGUUUUGCCCUGAAGGAGUCCUUCCCAGACAUGGAGUUCGACUACGUGGUGUCCCUCCGGCCGUCCCUGGUCCAGCCCCUGCUAGAUAUGCUUGAGUAUAACCGCUGGAAGCAGUUUGCCUACAUCUACGACGGCAAACGAGGCAUGAGACGAGCAGACACCUUUAUGCAGAUUUUCUCGCGCUAUGACUAUGACGUCAUCUUCAAGCAUCUACUGACGGAGGAGCCCAUCACUGAAACCUUAAAGAACAUGAGAGACAGUGGAAGACAUCACAUCAUCUUCGAUCUGUCCUUAGAUGCAUCGGAAAAUGCACUAAGAAAGCUGCAGGCGAAUGACUUGGGAAUGGUGACGGCGUCAUAUCACUAUAUAUUCAUGGACUUGGACAUCGGAGAGAUUGACAUGAAUCAGUUCCAGCUAGGGGGCCUCAAUCUCACUGGUUUCCGACUCCUGGACAAGGACAGCGACGCCUACCAAGACUUCAUCCUGGACUGGCGUUCGUACGUCAAGAACUCUUCAUACAUUGAGGUGGACACCAAUUACUUCCACCUGAGCAACCCGGCCAUAUCUGUGGACAUGAUGGACGUGGCUCUGGAGGCGCUGGAUAUGUUUCGGCUUGACUCGAGGGGCAGCGUCCGUAAGAAGGAACGAGCAUUGAGCUGCAACCUGGGCACGUCGUACGCACCGGUGCCCAACCGCGAUGGACCCAAACUCAUCGAGAUCAUUAAGAAGGUGAAACUCCAGGGAUUGACUGGAAACAUCGAGUUCGACAGCCGGGGUGAUCGCACCAACUACUCGGUGCAAAUCCUUGGUUUGAGACAAACGGGUCUUGAGAAGGUCGGUACAUGGAACGGUCAGAACGAGAAUCGGCUCACCUUUGAUACAUUUACUGAGGACGAGUCUCCUGCUGACGCGAUGAGUGGUCGCAUUUACACUGUCACGUCCAUUCUGAGCCCACCAUUCUUGAUGCUUAAGAAAGACGCAGAUCAGCGUAGAGGCAUCGACAAGUACGAGGGUUACUGCGUGGAUUUACUGGAGGAGAUAGUCAAAGUCUACAAAAGCAAACACUCCAUCUUCAGGUACAAAAUUAAGCUGGUUGCUGACGGCGAGUAUGGCGCACAGAUGGAGAACGGUAAAUGGAACGGGAUGAUCGGCGAACUCAUUUACGGCAAAGCGGACAUAGCUGUGGCUCCUCUGACCAUCAACGUGCAGCGUGAGCGGAUGGUAGGUUUCACUAAACCCUUCAUGAGCCUCGGGGUCAGCAUCAUGAUCAAGAAGCCUCAAGACAACCAGCCUGGCGUCUUCACCUUCAUGCAGCCCCUGGCUCCCGAGAUCUGGAUGAGUAUUGUCUUCGCCUGCAUCAUUGUCAGCGUGGUGCUUUUCCAGGUGAGCCGCUUCAGUCCCAAGGAGUGGCAUCCCGUGGAGCACCCUCCCCCUACGCCGUCCGGUACGGGGGAGUUCAAUCUCAACAAACCCGGGGAGAGGUUCGUCACGGAGGACCGCGAAGAGACGGAGAAUGACUUCGGCAUCUUCAACAGUUUGUGGUUCACCGUUGGGGCGCUCAUGCAGCAGGGUUGCGAGCUGUGCCCGAGGUCCUUCGCAGGGCGAGUCACCGGCAGUGUCUGGUGGUUCUUCACCCUCAUCCUUGUCUCAUCCUACACAGCCAACCUGGCUGCCUUCCUGACAGCUAAGCGUAUGGUCAUGCCCAUAUCAUCGGCUGCUGAUCUGGUGGAUCAGACGACUAUUACUUAUGGUAUCUUGAAGUCGGGAUCCACGGAGACGUUCCUCAAGACGUCUACGGUGCCAGUCUACCGUCACAUGUGGGAGUUCAUGGCCAACUCGGAGGACUCGCCUUUCGCCAACACCACCGAGGAGGGCGUGGAGCGGGUGCGUAAGUCCAACGGCAAGUUCGCCUUCCUCCUAGAAUCGGCCAUGAACGAUUACUACAGCCAGCAACCGCCCUGUAACACCGUGAGAGUGGGGAACCUGCUGGACUCCAAGAGCUACGGGAUAGGGGUCAAUAAGCAGCUGGUGGAUGUCAGGGAGCUCGUAACGUUGGCAAUUUUGGAGCUUCAAGAACAAGCCAUCUUGACCAGGCUGGAGAAGAAAUGGUGGACAUCCAACAACGAAUCCUGCAGAAUUCCAAAUAUUCCUGAUCACAUGUCGAAGACUAGUGCUCUGAACUUGGUGACCUUGGCAGGGAUCUUCUACAUUCUCCUGGGCGGUCUAGCCGUGGCACUCCUGGUAGCUGGUGGCAAUCUCUUCUGGAGAUCCAGACAUGAGAUCAUCGCAGCUAAGAGUCGAUACAUCGAAAAACACAAGGCCCGUUCUCCUGAAAACAAAAAGAAUUGAAGAUGGCGACAUAUGUCUUGCACUUUGUUCCAAGCGACUUUCUGAUUGGAAACAACAGAUGGCGCUAUUAACUGUGUUACGAGGAUGACGACAUUAAUUGGUUAGAUGGUUUAGAAACAGCGUCACGAUGCUUGGUGUUCAAACAACACCAGGUUUGAAAUGAUACGAUUAACAAUGACUUCCAUGUCUGAAGACUAAAACAUUGGUAUCAAGUGAGGAAACCCUACCCAAAAAAGUGUAAACAUUUCAAUGUGUAAAUUUGUCUGCCCUUCCCAGGCCGGAGGGGGCGAAAAAUUCCAUAUACAUGUAACUUUAAUAUUUUUAAUGUAAUUGACUGCUACACGGUAUACGUUGUCACUAUCAUGUAACGUGGACCGUAACAUGGUACAAAAGGUAUCUGAUUAAUUAUAUUGUGAUUUUAAAUAUUUCCAUGUGUAAAUUACGCAGUGUACGCCACUUAUAUGUAUUUCUUAUUCACAUUUACUGUUUAUUAAUUGCAACGUUAAUAAGUUAGACAUCUUUGAUGACAUAUAGAUUGACAAUAUUGUCGGGACCAUUUUAACUGGUUUAGAAAUGCACGUAUAAUGUGUAUGCUAAGUCCCGAAAAUAAAGUGAGAUUUGUGUGCGUUUUUGUUUACAUUAUAAACAAUUUUGAAGUACGAUUUUAACGUACCGCUCUGUUGGUACCGAUGGUUGGUACCCAUGUUUUGGUAAAGAGCCGACCUUGUAAGGUUCGUGUACACGUGCAGCAAAUUCCCUUCACUCUUGGGGUGAGUUUCACGCCAACAUUUUCUUGGAGUGUGGUAUAGUUUUAUGUCUGAUAUGCAAUAUUAUAUUAAUGUUACAUGAUUAGCACAACUUCGUCUCCUAUAUAACCACGCAAUGAAUUACAUUUGAACCAGUAUAACUUGUGCUUUAAUUUUUAUAUGUACCAGAUUUUGCUUGUAUGGAAGUAAGUAAAGAAAUAUCUUUAUGCGGCAGCAUAAAUAUCGCAUCUGGAGCUUUGCAGAUUGGGGGGGGGGGGGAUGGGAAUGGUGACCCCCACACUCUAUUUCAAACCGUUUGCUAUGAAGUCUUUCAAGUGUUUCCUAGUAUAGUGUUACCUUGGUUAGCCUAAACUAUAGCUGGUCUCAGAUCGCCAAUAAACUCUUGAUUGAUUCAGAAUGGCUAUUCACUGGUAGUCGUUUCGUGCAUCCGGGAUACACUAUGGCGUUAGCAGGUAAUCCUAUACAAUAGCACUGCUCGGCUGACAAUCGACAGUCAGUGGGGCACAAAGAGCACUACACAGAAGCAGCAAAAACAAAUUUCAGACAUGUCUUUUAGAGGCCAUUAAAGAAUUGUUUUAAACCUUGAGCAAAAUACAUAAUUAUCGUACAUAAUCUGCUGUGAGCCAAAUUAGGCGUAAUAAAAAUUUCAUCCUGAAGAACACGUACAUUUGAAUCAGAUACAUGUCAAGUCUGUUUGGUCCAAAUUACUGAUCCAAACUGUUUGAAAUAAAGACACACCGGACCACCAUUUUGUACAAAAUUUGUUAACCUUUAUUGUAAAAUAAUGCUCAUUCUUCCCCAACCAUUUGUAUGUAAUUGUUAGCGUGAAGGUGUGUCUGUUGGUCUCGGCAGUUUCAGUUGGUCUGUUCGUCAGUUCGCUUUUAGUACGUCGGUUUGUUCGUCGGGAGUUCCGUCUGGCUGUCCGUGCUAAUAUGCAUUCUGUCGUCUGUUGUGUUGCAUGGUCCACGUUUUCUCCAUUACGGAUUUUCCAGAUUCAUAAUUUAUUCCAAAUUGAUCUAAGCUUUGAAAAAUUUAAAGUUGUGGAACUUCGGCAUUAGAAACACUGACAAGAACAAAAUUCUGAUCAAUGCUCUGUCGGUUUUUGAGAAUCGAUUGUCAGGGUUGUUGAUAGUCGAAUAUUGUACAAAUUGUGCAGUUAUAAACGGCCAAUAACAAAAAUAUUUAAGUAAGUAAAGGUAGAUAAAAAUAUCAGUAUGAUACGUAACUUCGAGAUUUGUUAUGUAGCUUUAAUGAUUGAGAGAAUUAAAUCACCUCGUCAUAAUUAUAGAGUCAGGAAUCACAUCAUCCGCCUGUCCGUCCUUCAGCCUGUCAAACUGUGUAUGUCUGUUUCUAUCUCUGUCCGUCGGUCUGUUAUUCCAUCAGCGUAUUCGAAAUGAACAAUAUCUCUAUCGAAUACAAUCGUGGUGCUUUGUCGGUAUGUCCGUCCGUCACCAUGUCGGUUUACAGACGGUUGCAUCCAGCGUUCAAAUUAGGCAAAAAAGAUACAUGAAUUGGCUUCUCAAACGAAAAACGGUUGGUUAGGGUAAAUGUUUUUAGGAUAAGGUUCAAGACCUAAUUUGAACGCUGAGUAGCUGUGUCUGAUGGAUGUCUGAAUUAUUGAAUUUUUUUAUUAUAAUAUAAAAUCAAGAUAUAAAAAAAACUUUUAUUCACAAUAAUAUGUUUGGUUAUGAAUGUUUGCUCGAAAAAAAUGGCGAGAAAUCCCAUGUUAUCCGUAAAAUCCUCUGGCUCAUUUGUUGAUCAACAUUUUUUUUUAAAUGCGGUCCUGUUAUUCAUCGCGUGUGAAAGUAAUCAACGACUGUUUAUUGUAAUAAAUGCAAAUCGUAUGAAUACAGAGA